AUGUUAUCAAGAGUUAUCAAAUCAUCAUCUGCAUCAGCUACUGCUUCAAUUAGAUACUUCUCCACUUCAAGAGCCAUGUUGAUUGAAUCAGGAAGCAACAUUGGUAAAGAUUCAUUUCAUGAAAAAGAAAGAGCUCAAGAAAAUGUUUACAUUAAGAAACAAGAGGAAGCUCAAUUAAAGAAAUUAAAAGAGAAAUUAGAAGAGCAAAAGAAGACAAUUGAAAAUUUGGAAGAAGAAUUGAAGAAUCACAAAUCAAAGUAA